AUGAAGAGGCCUGAAGAAGCCUUGACUAGUUCACAUUGGCAGAUUAUACAACUGGUCCCAAGUCCACAGAGUGGGCAAUUUUUCGCCUGGGUGGUUGUGAAAGGAUUGAUGCUUAAGAUCCCAUUGACAAUCCCAAGGGUGUUUUACAUUAAUUCCAAAGCUCCUACAGUUGAAAAAUUCCCCGGAAAGUGUGUCAACAAGAUUCUUCCUCAUGGAAGGCCUUCUUAUAAUUUGAUUGAGGUUAAAAUUCAGGAAGAUCAAUUUAAAAAAGAAAGCAAAAUGCGUGCAGCUCUUCUUGCCAACCCUGAAAUUGAGGGCAUAUAUGAAACUAAGGUGCCUCUGGAGUUUAGUGCUAUAUGUCAAAUUGGAUGUGUAUGCGAAAUUGAUAACACAGCUAAGCACCGUAAUAUCCAAGAUGGAUGGAAAAUUGGUGAACUUCAUAUGAAAACUACAACUGAGUGUCGCUACUUGGACCGUUCAAUUCCACUUGUUUACUUGUAUAACAGCACCUCUACAGGGCGUGCUAUGUAUGUUUUAUAUUGUCAUGCAUCGAAGCGUAUGUCUGCCGUGGUAGUUGAUCCUUUUAAUAGCAAGGAAUUAUUACCAUCUGCCCUAGAGAGACAGUUUAGAGAUAGUUGCCAAGAAUUUUCAAUUGACUUAUUGUCUUGGGGUAGUAUCCUUUUCCAGGUAGACUAUGUUGACCAUCCUGAAGCUGCCAAGAAGAUUAUACAGAAAGCAAUAAGUGAAUACAAAGAAGAAAAUAGUGGACCAACUGUUGCUGUCAUUGAAUGCCCUGACUAUAACUCCAUGAUGGAAGGUAUUAAGGCCCUGGAUGAUUUCCCCUGUGUGAGGAUUCCCUUCAACGGCGAUGACAAUAGUUAUCAGCCUGUCUCCUGGCAACGUCCAGCAGCAAAAAUAGCAAUGUUCCGUUGUGCUGCAGCAUUUCAGUGGUUGGAUCAGAGGAUUGCCCAAUCAAGAUACGCCCAUGUGCCUCUGGGGAAUUUUGGACUUGAUUGGCUAACAUUCACAAUAGAUAUCUUCAUGUCCAGGGCACUCCGUGGCCAGCAACAGGUCCUUUGGGUGUCAGAUAAUGGUGUUCCAGACCUUGGAGGUAUAAACAAUGAAGAGACAUUCUUUGCUGAUGAGGUGCAACAGACAAGUUUGGUAUUCCCUGGAGCGUAUAGAAAAGUGUCUGUGGAGCUAAAGAUCCAUCACUUGGCUGUUAAUGCCCUUCUGAAAAGCAACCUUGUGAAUGAAAUGGAAGGAGGCGUCUUUUCGGGAUUUGAAACAAAUUCAGACGAGAACACCAGUUUUGAUGAGACCACUGGAUGUGCUCAAGCAUUUCGUGUCCUGAAACAAUUGUUUGAUAAUUGCUUUACUGAUGUGCGUAAAUAUGAGAAUAUCUAUGCUGAUUCCAUUUUGCAACGCUUGUCUUGGUGGCUCUGCAGCCCGUCCUCUAAGCUCCAUGAUCCAGCUCUUCAUCUCAUGCUUCACAAGGUCAUGCAAAAGGUCUUUGCUCUGCUAUUGACUGAUUUGCGGAGAUUGGGUGCUAUGAUAAUUUAUGCAGACUUCUCAAAGGUCAUUAUCGACACAGGGAAAUUUGAUCUAUCUGCUGCUAAGGCCUAUUGUGAAAGCUUGCUCACAGCGGUGGGAAAUAGUUCUAUCUUUGAGUGGAUAUUGCUCGAGCCGGUUCACUACUGGCACUCAUUACUUUUCAUGGAUCAGUAUAACUACACUGGUAUCCAAGCUACCGAUGAUGAAAGUUCACCUGACGAAGUGGCUAUUGAACAAAAAUGGAGUGUUGCACGACAUUUACCCGAGUAUAUUAAGAGUGAUUUCACUAUAAUCGUUGCCGAGUUUAUAUUCCAUCCCUGGAAAUUUGCAUUAGAGAAAAAAAAAGGCAGUUCAGAGAGUUUAGAGGCACAGAUGGUAGAAUAUCUAAGAGAACAGAUUGAAUCCUAUUUCACAGAGAGGCUUCUUAAGAAGGUUAUAGAUAUCAUGUCACACAUGAAGGACAUAAACGUUUCAGAUGCAUCUCGGUUUUCUGGUCAAACUCCCAAAGGAGAUGACACGUUAGAAUUUAUACAGGUUAUCUCUGCUGUUCUGGCUCUUGACCAGAAUGUCCAGCACGAUGUUCUGGUAAGUACUCUACCUAUUCCUUUUCAAUUUUACCUGAUACUGGUACAAUUUGAUAAACAUAUGGAGUAUUCACAAGUCCUCUGAAUAGAUUAAUCUUGGAAAUGAAAAUUCAAAAUU